CCCAGCGUGGCACCCCGCAACACACAAGCUUCACAUGAUGCUGCCCGCGCUGCUAGGAACGCCUGCCCACAUCGUUGUAACUUUAGCAAAGACCGUGCUCCGGCGAGGCAGCUCUUUGGUCGCGACCGCCCACCUAUACCACACGCACGAGCUGAACGAAGCCUUUGAGCACAUCGCAAAGGCAACUGCGCCAACACCCGAGGCGCACGCUACUCGGCAAAACCUCAUCUUACGGGUGCAGCAGUCGAUAGACAAGCUCGGUCAGCCACUCAAAGUCUCUCCCUUCGGGUCCUUCGUUUCUGGACACUAUGACGCCAAGUCUGACCUAGACCUGGUCCUAUCGGGCCAGGUGCCCUCUGCCCGUAGAAGGAGGGGCCAGAAGCAGGAGGAUGGAGCGCUUAUGCCGCUGCACGCCGCGGCCAGGGCUGCACGCACGCGCGCGCUGCACCAGGUGGUGGCGCAGCUGCUCGCGGACGGCGUCACCAGCAGCGCCGGAGUGGAGGACAUCACGAAGGCCCGUGUGCCGCUGAUCCGCUUCGUGGACCGCUCCAGCGGCGUGCAGGUGGACCUGGUGGCGGGCAGCGCGCGGGAGGACCUCAAGGCCUGGCUGGUGGCGCAGGCGGCGGAGCUGCAGCCGGCGUUCAGCCCCCUGUUCAGACUGGUCAAGCUGUGGGCCAAGGCGAACGGCAUCAACGACGCCGCCUCCCACACCUUUAACAGCUGGUGCAUCACACUGCUGGUCAUAUUCCACCUACAGCGACACGUGUUGCCACCGAUGCUGCCGCCGCUGCAGCAGCUUCUGCAUGAUGCACCGCCGCCUGCCCGAGCACCGCGGCUGCUGCAGGGCGACCAGGAGCUGCCAGAUGAGUUGCGGGCGGAUGUGGUGCGGCGAGUGGGCCGACUCAAGUCGCGAUACAGCGGCGUUCAGGCUGCGGGUGGCGGCGGCGGCGGCGGUGGUGGUGGCGCUGCUCCGGGCGGUGCCUCACUGCUGGAGCUGUUCCGGGGCUUUGUGCGGGACGGCGGGGGUCUGAUGCGAGCGGCCCUUCACAACAAGAAGCCACUGACCAGGCCCUUGGGCAUCUCUCCCUUUUAUGGCGACAUUCGGCCGUGCCGCCCCUACGACCUGAACCGCAUGCUGUUGUUUGUGGAGGACCCAUUCAACAGCGCUGACAACGUCGCCCGCACACUGCACCGGCACAAGCGGCGGCAGGGGACCACCCUGGACUACAUCACGCAGCUGUUCGAGCGCACCGCGCGGCUGCUGCAGGCGGACACCGGCGCCAGCACAAGCACAAGCAGCGGCCCCGGUGGCGAGCCCAUUCCUCCUUCUGAGCCCGCAGCGCCCAACGCCGCAGACACGGGCCGUGUGGCUUCCCAUGCCUCCGCCUCAACCUCCAGCAGCACAGGCGGCGGCGGUGGCAAUGCAGCUGGGGCUGCGGCCGGGCAGGCACAACCGCAGCCUCCCUCGCUGGCGUCCACGCUGGUGUUCCUGUUCGGGCCCCAGCUGGUCAACAAGCUGCCCGACCUCAGCCGGCGGCUGCUGGGGCCGCAGCUGCACGCCUGGGCGGAGGAGGAGCUGGAGGCGGGGCGGCGGCCGGUGUGGGAGGUGCAUGGGGAGCUGCUGCGCCGCUUGGGCGCCGACAUGUCGGACUUCGACACAUUCGCCGAUUUCAAGAAGCGGAACCGCAUCAAGGUCAUCAACGACGACAAGUACAUGACGGAGGAGGAGCGGACGGCUGCGGAGGACGAGCGUGUGCAGCGGUUGGCAGUCAAGGAGCUGUCGAGCCGCCGGGUAGCGGCGGCGUGGGCAGCGCUCCCCAAGUGUGUGCCGCAGCUGCUGGCGGCGGCCCGCGCCGCGCUUGAUGCGGUGCCGCACCUGACCUUUGAAGACCUGGCGGCGGUACAGCCUGUGGAUUCCAGAGAGGGUGGCAUGCCUGCAGCGGCGGUUGCAGCUGCACCGGCAGCGACGUCCGAGAUGACGACCCUGAUUGCUGGGGUCCGUGCGGCCGCGGAAGCGCACGUGCUGGCGGCGGUGUCGGCGGCCGUGGAGGCGGAGCAGGGUGAGGUGGGGGCAGCGGCAGGCGACGCGUCUGACGACUCCAACGGGAGCGCCGGCCGCUCAGAGGAGGCCGCACCUGCGCUGUUGGGAGCAGCAGGCCCGGAUGCGGCGACUGGCUUCUCGGCGAGAGCAGCUUCGGCGCCGCUUCCGCCGCACACGCUGCACCAACUGGCGGCGGCGCUGCAGGUGGAGGCCGCGGAGGCAGCGUUGCGGGCGGUGCGUGAGCUGCAGGCGGUGAGGGCCAUGACGGCCGCCGGCUUCAGCGGCGCCGACGGCUCUGCGGCGCAGGAGCUGGCGGACCGCAGCCGAGUUAUGGCCUUGCUCACAGCCGCCGCCGCACAAGAACUGCGGGCGCGGCAGGGCGUCCUUUGCUCGGCACAGCGUUCUAAGUUGCACCGGGCCAGGGGUGCGCUUCCUGCGUCCAAUGCUGCUGCACUUGCGGAUGGGCCCAGCCAGGCAGGAGCGCUCGAGUCCGCGGCUGCCGCAUCCGCCGAGGCUGCUGCCGUGGACGCGGCUGCAGCAGCUAAUGCCGGCUCUGCAGCAGCGUCCAAGCAAGGAACCGCCAAGCAAUCGGAGCCAGCAAAGGCUGGGACGGCUAAGCAGUCCGCAGGUGGUGGAAAGCCCGCAGCACCGCAGCGCAAGCCCACCAGCCCUUCGGCCUCGAAAAGGGGCUCCCCAGCGGACUCGCCGGCUGCAGUUGCGGCGGCCAUUGCAGCUGCAGCGGCAUCCGCUGCGGGGAAGGGGGCCCAUCCUCCUAAGCAACCGGCGCGGACACAACCGGGGCCUCUCGUCACGCAGCCGGUGAGGAGGAGCGCCAAGCCGCGAGGCGCCAGGCCAGCGGUGCAGGUGAAGGCGGGCGCGAGCGGCCGGGCAAGCAGCACAAAGGCAAGGGCCACAGCGGCCGUUACUGCCGGGCAAGCCGCGGCGAAGGCCUCACAACCACGGCCUAAGACGACGCGGCGGCGAGGGGCCACCGCCAAGCCGGCUGCCUCUGCCGAGGAGAAGUGAGUCUGGAACGUGGUGGUCCUUCUCGAUAGGGGGACAGGAGCUGCGUUGUGGUUUAGAGUGCAGGAGCAGAUUUCGUUUCGGACGUGGCGGGAAGGCUCUGGUGGUACGUAUGUAGGAAUCCGUUGUGGAGGUACCACCUAUAGCUGCCUGCCGGAAUGGAACAUGGGGGAAGGAGUCUCGCCAACUCCAAACAUGGGGGACGUGGCGCCUCCUGCCUGCUGGGCUGUAGCAGCGCUCUGGCACCAGAUGGCGUCGCGAUGGUCAUGGGCUGUCACAGUGUUGCAGCUGUCGUCACCAUACAGCUGUUAUCUAACAUUUCAUGACACUAGGGGACUGUGGAGUCGGAUGUCUUGUAGACCGCAACCCUAGUACCCCAACUAGGGUUCUCAGUGCACCUGUUCAUUUGGGAAAGUAAAUGCAUAGGCAAAAUUGCACCUGAAUC